AUGUCGACCCCCACAAUGGGACGGUUCCGGACUCAUGUCCCACCCUUGGACAGCCCGUCCAAGCAACUGAUGCUAGACCUUGUCCGCGAGCUUGAGCAAGUCAAAAUCUUUGACGCCGACCUGAAAAAGGUCCACCAGUAUGAGCGCAAGACAUACUACGAAAACCUCGACCGGAUCGACCGCGAGCGUGAAGCAGUCCACACAGCCGCUCUCGACCAAGCCGCUGCCUUUCACGACCGAGUCCGCGAGGAAGCGGAGACAACCUUGAAGGACCACCUCCUCGCCGAGGAGGAAGAGCGAAUUCGGAAGGAAGAGGCGAUCCGCAAGGAACAAGAGCGAAUUGAACAGGAGAAGGCUGAAAAAGCACGCCGCGAACGAGAAGCAGCCGCGCGCGUUGAGGCUGAACGCCAAGCCAAGGAGCAGGCCGAGAAGAAGGCCCAGGAGGAGGCGGCCCAGAAAGCCGCGGCCCUUGAGACCGAACGCAAAGCUGCGAUCGAGGAGAAGCUCCGCAAAGAACGUGAGCAGGCUGACGCCCAGAAGCGCAAGCAGAAUGAGGAGGCUCGGAAGGCGCAGGAAGAAGCCGACCAAAAGGCCCAAAGCCAACAGCAGCAGAAACUCGGCGCUGCAAACCUUUCGACUGAAGAAAUCCGAGUACAGCAACGUUACAUGGAGCUACACAAGACCCUUAAGGAGAUGCGUAAAUGGCUGAAGGAAAUUGGCCAAGGCCAGCCUGACCUCAAGGCGACUAUGGGCAAUUUACGGCGUUCGAUCAAGAAAUCUGUUGGCCAGCUUCGAUCUGGAACUGGUGCGAACAAGCAGCAGAUCGUUCACCUCAAAGCCGAGCUUGAAAAGGCUCUCGCCUACCCAGAGCCGACAGUCGACAUACGAAAAUUCAUCGCAUUCCCACCUGAGGAGAUUGCAAACUCAGAGAACAAGGUACCAGCAAUGCUUAUCUACGGAUUAAACAUUCUUGCGAAGAGCUUGAUAUCCUCUCUUCUGGCAGAGGCCUCCAUCAAGCAAUCUCACGCUGAGCCGAUCGGCAUCAUUGCCGCUCAAAUCUUCUCCUUCGAUAUGUUCACAUACAAAGGACUGCACAUGUCCGACAUCAUGUGGGCCAAGUACCGUGUUGUCUGCCCAGCGCUGUGGGGAUUCACAGGCAAUGAUAAGACGGAGGGCGGACGUCGCGUCCUGGGUUGGUGGCGGUCCGCAGACACUGGUUCCUGGGUAUCUGAACAAGUCCACAUGGACCGGAUGACCGCGCUCGGCGCGGGAUAUGCCGCUAUGACUCUUCGCAACUUUGCGAAAUCCCCGCGUCGCAACCCUUUUCCCAACACAAUGUUCUGGGCAUCCAUCCACAAGAUUUUAGCAAUCCCGCCUUCGGAGUUGCAGGAGACGCAGAUUGCCCUCCUGGCAGCGCUCCUUCGAUCGUCGGGCGAGAGAAUUUUGGGCUUCUUCGGCCAGUACGGACUGGCCAUGAUGCAUUACGUUAUUGUUGAUCUACCCCGCAAGACCGGGAGAGAGACAAUGGCUGUGACCCAGUUGAGCACCCUCAAGGAGCUCUAUCUGAAGGAGAAGAAUUUCGCGUUGUGA